AUUCUAAGCGCCGCGCACGCGCGUCUAUCGAUCUAAAUAGAGGCUACAGUGUCGUCUGUGCCACCCAGCGCGUCGUCACAGCGCGCCUCUUGAAAUCUCCGCGCGCGCCAGCAGCCGUAACCCAAGAUGCUGGCUCUGCGGCUGGCCCGCCGCCUCACCACGCGCCGCCUGCACGCCUUCGCCGUCAGCGGCGCAACACCGCCACACCAAAUAGCUUCACUACUGGACGAGCACGGCGUCGUCGUCAUCGACGACUUCCUCACCACCGAACUCGACCGCGUCGCCACGACGUUACUGGAGAAGACCAAUGAAGCGAUGGCGUUAACGGAGGGCGUGCCCCUCGGCGUCGGUUCCCGAGACUCCUUCGAGGAGGUCGUACUGAGGAGCCCGCACCGCUACGACGUGCCCGCGCCCUUUGCAGCGUUUUCCGAGGGAGACCUCGCGAAGUGUAGGGCCGUCGCCGAGGCUACAUUAGGUGCUGAUUGCAAGGAGGCCUUCUGCGGGAUUGUGCUGUCAAAACCGGGCGCGCCGGCGCAGGGCUGGCACGCGGACUCCAGACACGACUCCGCGGAGCAUCAAUCGGCGAAGAUCCUUAAUGUACUUAUAGCGCUGGACGACGCCUGCGCCGACUACGAGAGCGGGCCCACGGAGUUCGUGCCCCGAAGCCACGUCUCUACGAACCACCACACGGGGAGCUUUGAUGAGGACAUCGUGUAUCAACGAGAUCAUCAGCCGGAGACGGUCGGCUUCACGCUGGCCGACGUGGUCGCGGCGAAGGUGCCGCGGGGCGGGGCCGUGAUUUUUGACGACCGCAUCCUGCACCGCGGCGGCGCGAACCACUCGUUGAAUGACCGGGCCGUGGGCUACUUCUCGUACCGCCGGGCCGACGUCGAGGCGGACACGCACUUCGAGGCCUUUCGAUCUUUAAACAAAUUGCGGCAACAAGUGGGGACGUUCGACGUCGGCGCGGAGUUCCCGGGCCUGCCGGCCGACGCCUCUUUAUUGGAUGGCGCCGCGGGCUCGCAGUGUCAUCAUACCGUCGUCGAGGCCGUCUCCCGCCAAAUUGCGUUCGGGGCGAACGUCGGCGGGCAGCAUCCGCACUCGCUGGCGUCGACGGAUGUAUUAAGGGAGGCGCGCGGCGCGCUGGGGGACUUGUUGCAUUGCGAGAGCGACGAAGUCGUGUUCGGGCCCUCGGCGACGGCGCUCGUGGUCCACGUCGCGCGGGCGCUGGGCGGGACCUGGUCCGAGGGGGACAACGUCGUGCUUUCCAUCGUGGCGGCCCGCGUCUUCACACCCUUCAUACGCCGUCGCCGCCACACAAAAGAAAACUCACACAGGCCGACCACGACAGCAACGUCCAGCCCUGGGUCCUCGCCGCGCAGCGGGCGGGCUGUGACAUACGAUACAUGACCGUGCGCGAGGACGGCUCGUUAGACGUGGACGCUCUGGAGACGCUGGUCGACGAGAACACGCGACUGAUAGCCUGCGGCCUCGCGAGCAACGGCACGGGCACGAUCCACGACUGCCACCGCAUCGCUACGCUCAAAAAGAACGCGCUGACGUUCUUCGACGGCGUCCACUACGCGCCCCACAACUUGAUAGACGUGCAAGCGCUAGACGCGGAUUUUUUGGUGGUGAGCCCCUACAAGUUCUUCGGGCCCCACUGCGGGGCUUUGUAUGGGAGAAGGGAAUUACUGUCAUCUCUGAAACCGGACAAGUUGAGGGUCUCGGACGACGGCCUGCCGCGGGACGAGUCGUGCUACUUAUCGCGGUGGGAGCUGGGGACGCCGUCCUUCGAAGCUUUGUCUGGCGCGACGGCCGCCGUGGACUACCUGGCGGCGCUGGGCGACCGCUUCGGCGGCAUCACCGACGGCGGCUCGCUGACGCGGCGCGACCGCCUCCGCGCCGGCUUCGCGGCCAUUGGCGCCCACGAGCACCUCCUGAAACGCCAGUUCCUCGCCGGCGUCGACGAUAUCGCCGGCCUAUGCGUCUACGGCGUGAGUGACGCGCUCGACGCGCGCGCCGCGACCUUCGCCGUCGCCAAAGAAGGCGUCGCGCCCGCGGCGCUCGUGGAGCACCUCCGCUCCCGCAAAGUCUACGCGACGCACGGCACGCACUACUGCCCCGCGCUCUGGGAGGCCCUCGGUUCUAGUACGGACGUGACGCGGAUCUCGUUCCUGCACUACAACUCGUGCAGGGACGUCGAGCACGCGCUCGAAGGAUUACGGUCGGCCUGAAGAAUGUCUAUAGUUUGUGUAAAAUUAAAUUUAGAAG